AUGAAGGCUAAUCGAUUUAUUAUCCAUAAUCCUACUAUUGAAUCUUAUUAAUUAGAAGAGUAUUACAAUCAUUUCAAAAGAAUGGAAGAUAUUGAUAAAGAAAAAAUGAAUAUUUAUAAAAAUAUAGAGUCCAAUAAGUCAGCAUCUAAUUACAGAUUUCUGAUGUUACAAUAAACAUCCAAAUUUAAUAAACAACAAUAAUAAAAUGCUCAAGAUCAUCUACAAAAAGUAUUGUUAACAAUAUUUUACAUAAGUUAUUGGAUAAUAAAAUAGAAAGAAUCAAAGUGAGGGAUAAUCCAUAUGUAAAUUAAACUAGAUUAAGAGGUAUAUCUUAAGUUGAUCUAAAAAGUCCAAAUAUUAGUUUUAAUAGUUCUUUAGAGAAUCUCAACUUAAUGAAAAAGCUUUAAUCUCUUAAACCCAACAUAUCUAAGAAAGAUUUGGAUUCCCAUUAUGAAAAAUAAAGGGAAUAUGGAAAUAGAUUAAGAAAACUACCAAAACUUCCAGAUUCAGAUAAAAAAUAUCACUAUUUUUUUUGA